AUGUCCCAAAGUACUACCACACAAUUCUCGCCGCAGGGGCAAAUGCAGAACAACCAGGACUCACAACUAUUCAUCGACGAAGCAAUACACAAAAACUUUACGUAUGUUCUAUGUCUAACCUAUCUCAUGACCUUGAGCUUACAUCCUUUGGAGAUACAUCUACGCCAUCCUCAUUACGGUCCUAGUCCUACUUAUUAUCGCAUUCUUUGGAAUCCUAUACCUCUACAUUCGACGACGAAGACGGCAAAUCAGCGACGACGUCUCAGGGCGACGACAAUGGCAGAGCAAGAGGCUUUGCCAAAUGACGCUCAGAGACGGAAGAAGCACAAACAUCAUGGCAAGAAACCGAAACUGGCCAGUGCGUGGAUUGGAGAUGGCCCACUUCCAAUCAGCCUCUCUACGGAAGCGCUGCUCGAGGUCAUUCAGCCCUUCUCCCUUGCCAAAGCAGAUGAGAAGACCCUUCUACGCGAGGAUACCGAAAAGCUUUCUUCGGCAGAUAGGACGGCGCUCUCAUCGCACUCUACCACCUCUCUCGACGAAAAGCUAGCAUCGACCGACGAACCCCAGAGACCACAAAUACACGACAUCCAGCUCCUCAACGCUGGAUUCCUCAUCGCAAUGCCAAUGCCGCGACCAAAUACAGCCGCAUCACUUCGCCUUCGCAGCUCGCCAAGUUCAGUCUCCCUCUCACACAGCUCGUCAGAAGGCAGUUGCGAGUCGGACGCCAUCUCACUUGCAGAGUCGCGGUGGACCGAUCAUCUCUGCCACGGAGAGCUUCCCGAAUUGACCCUGGGCAUCUCGACGAUCUCUGUCCUUUCCUCAUCCACUGCGUCGUAA